AUGGCACGAAAUGUAACAAUCGACUGGAACAAUGAUAUAUAUUAUAUUCAACAACAAGCGAUUUUAAAGUGUGCUGUCGAUGAAAUUACGCAAAAUUUAAAUCAGAAUUUAUGUCCAUCUGUUCAAUCUACUUAUGGUGCUGAUGUAUCAGCUAAUGCAGAUGAUAAAACAAAGAAAAAGAAACAAUUAAAAACUAGUGUAAUCGAUGAUCCUGAAUCCUUUAAUGCAAUUGUUCGUAUAUGUCUUAAACAAUUAUUACCAGCAAUCUAUAGAUUUCUUCAUAUAAAACUUGUUACAGCAAGUAAAUUAAAACCAGAAACAAGUUCAAACUGA